UUUUAACGAAUGUCAAAAUACGUGUCAAUGGGCCUAUUGGGAUGGUUAUCGGACUUUGUGUUAUCUAAAUGUAAUUGAUUUAUAAAAGAAAAAUUAAUUUUGCCCAUGAGAUUAGUUAAAAUAAAUUAAAACCAACAGCUAAAGCGCAAAGCAGCCACUCAACGAACUUAAUCUAAUAUACAUUUGUAUACAUUUGUCACGGUGCAAAUAUUUUUAAUACAACGAAAACAAAAUGACUGAAGCCCUAAGACCAAUAUUAAAAUAUUUUCUUUCUGAAGAUUGUAUAGACACGUAUUUGGUUGAUCAUGACUUUACCGAUGGUGCUUGCUUCAAAUCACUUUUAAGCAAAUGUCUUGGUUACGCCAUUAUUGCCGGUUCAAUUUUGGUAAAAAUCCCCCAAGUACUUAAAUUGCUAAAGAACAAAUCCGGCGAGGGUAUCAAUCUGAUAAGUGUACUUUUGGAUUUAACAGCUAUAACAUCUCAUAUGUCAUACAACUAUGUAAAAGGCUAUCCGUUCAGUGCAUGGGGUGAUAAUACAUUUUUGGCUCUACAAACUGCCGCCAUUGGUGCAUUGGUGUUAUUUUAUGGCGGCUCUAGAGCUUUGUCUCUGAUCUUUUGCUUAAUUUAUGGACUCGUCGUAUACAUACUCAAUAGUGGCCUAACGCCAAUCAAUGUACUGCUCGUGGCCCAAGCGUUUAAUAUACCAAUACUACUUUUGGGCAAACUCUCACAAGCAUGGACAAAUUACAAAAAUAGUUCAACGGGUCAAUUAUCGGCUGCAACAGUAUUUUUAUUAUUUGCUGGUUCGUUAGCCCGUAUUUUCACUUCCACUCAAGAAACUGGAGAUUUUAUGAUAAUUGCAACAUUCUGUGCUUCAACAUUUGCCAAUGGUGUAAUCGUCGCUCAAAUGAUAUACUAUUGGAACAAACCCGGUAAGGGUAAAAAGCCUAAGGCUGGAAAGGCUGCCGCAAAACCCGUUGCUGCAUCAAAGAAGACAAAAAGCAAAAAAAUCGACUAAACGAUUGGACUAAGAAUGUUAAGGCGCAAUAUCCUUGUUUAAGAGGACGCCUGCUGUGUACUCAAUGAGAAUGCUUUAGAUACAUAAAUAAAUAGAGCAUAAAAUACUAAACAAAAACUAUGCAAACAAGAGAUAGUUAAUAAUGUACAUUAUGUUUGUAAUGUAAUAAAAAGAAAUAAAAUAUAAUGUUUACCUGCUAGGUAACAAUGGA